AUGUUUGGUACAAUGGCGCUGGCUAAUAAGCUUGGUGGUCUGCUCAAGAAAGCUACGAGUUCAAAUCUGUCGGUCUAUCAAGCAAUCAGAUGCAUGUCAUCCAAGCUUUUUGUUGGAGGGCUUUCUUAUGGAACUGAUGAUCACAGUCUCAGAGAUGAGUUUGCCAAAUAUGGACAAGUUGUUGAAGCUAGGAUUAUCCUUGACCGUGAGUCUGGGAGGUCUAGAGGUUUUGGCUUUGUAACUUACACAUCUUCUGAGGAGGCUUCAGCUGCCAUCACUGCCAUGGAUGGAAAGACUCUCGAUGGACGGAGCAUACGGGUUAAUCAUGCUAACGAGAGGACAGGUGGCUUCCGCGGCAGCGGUGGCGGUGGCUAUGGUGGUGCUGGCUAUGGCGGUGGCGGUGGCUAUGGUGGUGGCGGCAGCGGUGGAUAUGGCGGUGGCUAUGGUGGUGGCAGCGGUGGAUACGGUGGUGGCUAUGGUGGCAACAGGGGUGGUGGUGACUAUGGUGGUGGUGGUGCUGAUUAUGGAGUUGCAGGUGGAGCUGGAGGCAACUUUGCUGCUGGAGGUAAUGAUAGCUUUGCCAGCAGUAACUUUGGUGCUGACAGUGGUUUUGGUGGAAACCCUGCUGGUAGCUUUGACGCAACCAGUGGUUCCACUGGCGCUGAUGAGUUCUCUGCUGGCACACUUGGUGGUGACUUAAGCGGUAACAAGAAUGAUGAAAUCAUGGAUGAUAUGUUGAAGGACGAUGAGCCUGACAGCUACGCCGACAAGAGGAGCUAG